GCAUUUGUUGCCCCCCAACGUUGUUUAGUUGGCCUGGCAUAAACCAUUGUUGAUCAGUGCGUCGGUUAUUUAGUGCCGCUAUGAUCUGCAGUUGAUCCUUGUCAUUUCCUUUCUGUGAGUUCUGUCACCUUGAUGGCCGACAUACCACGGACAUCACCAUCGGGCAGUUGUGUUGCGUAGACCUGGUCUAUUAGACGCAGUUAUACUCUGUAUGUUCGGGUUAAAUCCCCCCUGUCAGGUCUGGAAGUUAAUUUUGAAUUAGUUCUAAGAACUGCAUCAUGCUGUUCGCAUCCCUACUGGCCUGCGUGCUCGGGCCAUCAAUCGCAGGACAGGCCUCCGCAAGCAAUAUCUCGAUACCCAGCGACCCCCAAGAUGCAGACGCAAUCCUCCAGCACAAUGCCCUCAUCGAGUCAUAUCUGUCUCAGAAGCCUGUCCGUGGUGUUCGAAAAAUGACCGACGACGAAGGCGAAAAGUUCUUCCUCGACUACUGGCUGUUCGACGAAGCCUAUACAGCAGGCAACACAUCAGACAUCGAUCGCUCGUUGUCGCAAAUACAGCCAUCUAAUCUUAACACCACCGAAAAGGUUGACUUUCAACCUCGCUCGUAUCCCUUCCGACCCUCGUACCCGAGCGACCUUGAGGUCGACAGGCGCGGGUGGAGCGAGCAUUUUUCACCGCUUCUUCGACGAGAAUUCAAAUGCCCUACCGGCACAUACGGGUGCACGUCGAUUGAUCGAGCCGACAGCUGCUGUAGUACAGGUGACACAUGCGUCCUGGUUACUGACACUGGAUCUGGAGAUGUGGGCUGCUGUCCGAAGGGAGACACUUGCUCGGGGACGAUCGGAUCAUGUCAGGAUGGAUACGCCAGUUGUUCGUCAUCUUUGGGCGGAGGAUGCUGCAUCCCGGGAUAUGAAUGUGUUUUGCUCAGGUAUGCGGGUCUACACGAUCACGGUGACCAUAAGCUCAACCGUCAUGCUCUCGACAUCUACCCACACAAUCCCUGCAACCACGGCAACGCAAUCGACGGGCGACUUGGUCCCUCCCGCUCGACCUACUACUGUCUCCACCGCCACGAACUCCGAGACCACCAAGACCACCAGUACAGCAUCGGUCUGUCCGACCGGGUUCUACGCCUGCUCGGCCGUCUACCAGGGAGGAUGCUGCCGAACGGGUCGCAAUUGCGACACGACGGACUGCCCCGCAACGCCCUCGACGACUUUGACAAGCGAUGGAGUAACAAUCGUAGUCCCAGUGGCCACGGCCACAGCCACGGACACGAUAUCGGCAUUGACAACCAGCAAGGCAGCACAUUGUGCAAGUGGCUGGUUCAGCUGUGCCGCGACUGUCGGAGGAGGUUGCUGUCCGACAGGAUACCAAUGCGGAACCAGCUGUACCGCAGUGUCAACGGCGACGCAGACGGUGGCCAAGGAGCAGGCCACGAGCGGGGGUGAGAAACGGGGGUGGCGGUGGGGAAUGGCGGGGAUGGGCGUGCUGGUGGCCCUGGGGAAUGGGAUAUGAGAUUUGCACGAUGAAACGUAUGUUAUGAGUCAUGUAUAGACACGAUAAUGAAGUAAGUGCGUGCGAGAUGAUGAAAGCGGCCACCGGUAUAGCAACAGUCAGAGAGAGAUUCCGAAUGUCAAGCCCCGUGGGGCGGCACGUGGGGCGGGAUUAUACCCGAUCGGGCGACAUCCCGGUGAGUCCCCGACCCUCUCCGACUCCGGCUUCCUCCCUCGAUAAUCUCCAUCGCUCGUCUCCUCUCUUCAUCUUUCUCUUCCCUUCCCCUCCCCCGACUCGUCUUCUCCGCCUGUUGUUCGUCUGCACGCCUUCCCACGGCCAAUUCAGCACCAUGUCGAGCAACCCCAACCAGAAGCCCUUGCCCUUCGGCUACCAGUUUGUUGCUGGUGCCGUCGCCGGUGUGUCCG